CAGCAGAAGAAUAUUAGACUUCACCCUGGAGAUCAUCUCCCUGCUGAGUGGAGAGGAUUACACCAUAGUAAAGAAGACACCGGGAAGGACUCCCAUCAUCCAUGAGUCAGCAGGGCAGAGCAGGACCCACAUCACAGAGCCUCCCCCCCUGAUACAUGAGCAGAAGAUCCUAGAACUCACCCACAAGAUGAUGGAGCUGCUGACUGGAGAGGUUCCUGUAAGGUGUCAGGAUGUGGCGGUCUAUUUCUCCAUGGAGGAGUGGGAGUAUAUGGAAGGACACCAGGAUCUGUACAAGGAGGCCAUGAUGGAGGCUCCCCGGCCUCUGACAUCACCAGAUACCGACUCCAGCAGGAGAAGUCCCCCCGAGAGAUGUCCCCGUCCUCUGUAUUCCCAGGACUGUCCAGAGGAGAAGCUCCCAGAGAACCAUCAGAUGAAAAAUCAGGGGGAAGAUGUGACCGAUAUUAAAGUGGAGGAUGAAGAAGAUUGGAUUAAAUGGUUUCUCUGA